AUGCGAUACCUUAAGUCGUCGGCGCUGCAGAUCUGGUUACUGGGUUACGAAUUCCCCGAGACUGUCAUGGUGUUUCUGCUGGGGCGGCGGAGUCGGCGGGGAAGGCGGCGGAAGCGGCGGAGCGGUGCACGUGGUGUGCAGCCAGAAGAAGGCACAGCAUCUGGAGGCCGUCAGGCGCGUGUGCGCGGAGAAAUCCGGUGGAGUGGAGAUGGCGGAGUGGAGAUGGUGCUGCACCCCAAGCCUCGCAGCGAGGACGGGUCCUCCCAGAUGGCGCAGGUCAUCGACGCCAUCCGAGCCUCCGGCGCAGGUUUGGCAGGCGGAGGUCCGGUGCGGCUGGGCGUGCUGGCAAGGAGGCUCCGGAGGGGGCGAUGCGAUUAUGGAGAAAUGGGCGGCGGCAGUGGAGGCAGCAGCGGAGGGGAUGUCCUGGCGGUUAAGGAUGAGGGCGAGGUGAUCAAUAUCAAGAAGGCCGCGUUCCUUAGCACGCAGGCGCUCAAGGCGUUCGUGGUGCCCAAGAUGGAGGUGUUGAUAGACGAGGAGCGUAGCAUGACGCACUUGCCUCCCCUCAUGCUUCUCCAUCCCCACCUUCCUCCCGCCCCUCCCCUUUCAGGCCUUUGUGGUGCCCAAGAUGGAGGCGUUCGUGGUGCCAAGAUGGAGGUGCUGAUCGACGAAGAGCGCAGCAUGACGCACGCGGAGCUGAUGGAGCAGACAGAGGAGGUCAUCACCGACCCCGCCAAGAUCAAAGUCAAGCUCAAGCCCGACAACUGUGACAUCUGCUACCCGCCCGUCUUCCAGUCUUCUUCUAUUCAACCAUUCUCCAUCCCACCCACCUCUCCAUCCCACCCACCUCUCCAUCCCACCCACCUCUCCAUCCCACCCACCUCUCCAUCCCACCCACCUCUCCAUCCCACCCACCUCUCCAUCCCACCCACCUCUCCAUCCCACCACCUCUCCAUCCCACCCACCUCUCCAUCCCACCCACCUCUCCAUCCCACCCACCUCUCCAUCCCACCCACCUCUCCAUCCCACCUUUCCUUUCCUCCUCUCCAUCGCUCCUCUCCAUCGCCUCCUCUCCAUCCCCUCUCCAUCCCCUCUCUCCACCCCUUCUCUCCUUGCAUCCCUCCCCUCUCACUCCGUCCACACCUCCACAAACCCCUCGCCGUUCAGAGCGGAUGGCAGUACGACCUGAGGGCGUCAGCAGCGAGCAGAGACGACCCGCUGUGUUAUGACUUCAUGGGUGUCAUCAUCUGCGCCAUCACCUCUCUCCAUCCCUUCCUCUUCCCUUCACCCCUCCCCUGUGUUCUCUUGUCUUGUUCAGAGCGGGGACCAGUACGACUGAGGGCGUCAGCAGUGAGCAGAGACAAUUCAUUUGUGACACUACUCCAUGGGCGUCAUCAUCUGCACCAUCCUAUCUCACCCUUUCCCUCUCUUCCGCCCACCCCCAUCCCUCCCCUGUGCUUUUCCCUCGGCAGAGUGGAGGGCAAUAUGACUUGCGAGCGUCCAGCAGUGAGCAGCGACGACCCUCUCUGCUACGAUUCCAUGGGCGUCAUCAUCUGUGCCAUCGGCGCCAGAUACGCCUCCUACUGCUCCAAUGUGGCGCGCACCUACCUGAUUGAUGCUACCAAGGCACAGGAGAAAGCGUACCAGGUAUUGCUGAGGGCACAGGAAGCAGCGAUUGCAGCGAUCAAGCCGGGGGUACGGCUGGGCGAUGUGUACCGUGCUGCAGUGGCGGUGGUGGAGAGGGAAGCUCCAGAGCUGGUGCCUCAUCUCACCAAAACACGCCGGCACUGGCAUAGGCAUCGAGUUCCGAGAAGCCGGUUUGACCCUCAACGCCAAGAGCGAGCGCACGGUGAAAUCGGGCAUGGCGUUCAACAUGGUGCUGUGCUGAGCUUGCACGGCCUCACCAACCCCAAGUUCCGCGAAGCUGGUCUGACCCUGAACGCCAAGAACGAGCGGACGGUGAAAUCGGGCAUGGCGUUCAACGUGGUGCUGGGCUUGCACGGCCUCACCAAUCCGGAGGCCGGGGGAGGGGAGGGUGGGGUGUGUGGGGUGAAGGGGCACUGCAAGGGUAAGGAAGGCACUGUGGGGUCUAGGUGUGCUCGCUGUGUGGGAUCCUUCAAGGUCUUCUUACUUAUUCACCCCUUCAAGGAGGGUGGGGUGUGUGGGGUGAAGGGGCACUGCAAGGGUAAGGAAGGCACUGUGGGGUCUAGGGGCACUGCAAGGGUAAGGAAGGCACUGUGGGGUCUAGGUGCGCUGCUGCUGGUGGCGGAUACGGUGGCGGUGAGGGCCUCUGCUGACAAGGACCGCUGGGUGGACGUCGCCACUGCCUCUGCCUCCAAGUCAUUCGCCGACGUUGCCUACUCUCUCAAGGGGGAAGACGAGGAGGAGGAGGACACGGACAAGGGCAAGCGACCGGCAGAAGCAGCAGGGGCUGGAGAACCGGCUGUAUUCGCCCGGGCUCACCUGCGGUCGGAGAACCAGGAGGCCACAAAAGAGGAGCUGCGGCGGCAGCACCAGGCGGAGCUGGCGAAGCAGAAGAUCGAAGAGACGGCCCGGCGCCUGGCUGCUGGGGGGCUGGGCGCACGCGAGGGCGAGGGGCUAAGAGGCAGACGGGCGACCUGGUGUCCGCAGGCGGAGCUGGCGAAGCAGAAGAUCGAGGAGACGGCUCGUCGGCUGGCUGCUGGGGGGCUGGGCGCACGCGAGGGCGAGGGGGCUAAGAGGCAGACGGGCGACCUGGUGUUGUACGGGGAUGUGGACGAAAUUCCCCUUGCCAUGAAGGACUACAAGAUUCAGCUUAUCCCACUGCCCUCCCUCUCCCUUCCUCUCCUUCUCCUCCCCUCUCUCCUGGUGGAUCAGCGCCACGAGUCCGUCCUCUUGUGUCUUUCCACCCGCACACACACCUUUCUCUCCUCCACACCCUUCCCCACCGCUCUCGCUCCUUCCCCCCUUCCUCUCUCCCCUUCCUCUCCCCUCUCUCCUGGUGGAUCAGCGCCACGAGUGGAUCAGCGGCACGAGUCGGUGCUACUCCCCAUAUACGGGCUGCUCGUGCCGUUCCAUGUGUGCAUGAUCCGCAACGUCACCAGCCAGCAGGACGGAGGGCACAUCUACAUCCGCAUCAUCUUCAACGUGCCCGGCGCAGGGUUCAACGCUGCCGACCUGCCCAUGCAGAAAUUUCCGGACAGCAUCUUUAUCAAGGAGCUUUCCUUCAAGUCUACGGAUUCCCGGCAUGCCAACCAAGUAGCCUGGAGUGCCAGCCAGCAGGACGGAGGGCACAUCUACAUCCGCAUCAUCUUCAACGUUCCGGGUGGUGCAACUGAUCAAGACCAUGAGCAAGCACGUGCGGCAGCGGGAGGUCGGAGCGCGCUGAGAGAGCGACACUUGUCACGCAGGAGAAGCUCCAGCUCAGCAAGGGCCGCCCCGCCCCGCCUGCCGGACCUCUGGAUCCGACCUUCCUUCGGCGGAAAGGGGCGAAAACUCACCGGGUCGCUGGAGGCUCAUCUGAACGGGUUCCGCUAUUCCACUGCCAAGGCUCAUCUGAACGGGUUCCGCUAUUCCACUGCCAAGGCAGGUUGUGCGGUGGCGUGUGGUGGCAUGCGGUUCUUUGUGAUGGUGGGUUCUUGCAACCACUCCCCCGCUUUCUACCCUCUCACCUACUCCAUCACCACCCCUCUAAACACACCAAUCCCUCACCAGCCGGACGAGAGGGUGGAGGUGAUGUACGGCAACAUCAAGCACGCCUUCACCGGACGAGAGGGUGGAGGUGAUCCGGACGAGAGGGUGGAGGUGAUGUACGGCAACAGCAAGCACGCCUUCAGUGAACCUCACCUUUCUCCCCUCUUCCUUACCUUCCUUAACCUUGGUCCACGGUCCACCCUUUUAUCCCCCCCUCUAAUCCCACCAGCCGGACGAGAGGGUGGAGGUGAUCCGGACGAGAGGGUGGAGGUGAUGUACGGCAACAUCAAGCACGCCUUCUUCCAGCCCGCUGAGAACGAGAUGAUCACCCUCCUGCACUUCCACCUACACAACCCCAUCAUGGUCGGCAAGAAAAAGACAAAAGACGUGCAGUUCUUCGCCGAGGUCAUGGAGGUGGUCCAAACCGUGGGCGGCUCUCGCCGCUCAGCUUACGACCCCGAUGAAAUCGAGGAGGAGCAGAGGGCAGCGGGAGCGGCGGAGCAAGAUCAACCGGGAGUUCAAAUCCUUUGUCAGCGCGGUGCAUUCUCUCUGGGAGAAGGACCGCGAGCUCGCUCGUCUCGACCUCGAAUUCGACGUGCCGUUCGGGAAUUAGGGUUUCACGGCGUGCCGCACAAGUCGUCCGCGUUCAUUGUACCGACAGUGAACUGCCUCGUGGAGCUGAUAGAGGUGCCCUUCCUGGUGGUCACUCUGAACGAGGUCGAGAUUGUGAAUCUAGAGCGCGUGGGUCUCGGGCAGAAGACAUUCGACAUGGCGAUUGUGUUCAAGGAUUUCAAGCGGGAUGUGCUGCGGAUUGAUGCGAUCCCGAGCACAUCGCUCGACUCGGCUUUUCUGGCGGACGGUGGGUGGGAGUUUCUGAAUCUCGAGGCGUCGGAUAGCGAGGGGGAGGAGUCGGAGGAAUCGCAGGCGUACGAGCCGUCGGAUCUGGAGGAGGCUGCAUCCGACGAUGACGAUGACGAGAGCGAGGAUGAUGAGAGUGUGGUGGAUAGUGAGGAGGAGGAGGGGGAGGAGGAGGAAGAGGAGGAGGAGGAGGGCCCCGACUUGGGAUGA